AGGCUGCAGCAGCCGCCCCGCGGCCUCUGGCGGAGCUUCGUCCUCGGUUCCGGGUGCGGGGCGUUGGCGUGGCUUUGCCGGGCCGUCUCCCACCGGAGAGCCGGCGUUGUUUCCCGGGGGAGCCACCCGUUUCUCGAGUUCCUUCGUAGUGGAAACAAACGCGUGAGGAAGAUCGUGGGGGCCGCAACAGGACGCCGUUUCGGACACGGUUGUUUACACGAGUGUGACAGUCUAAAACUGACGCUUUGUGAGCACUGACUAACGUAGGAUGGAGCUGUAGCUGAUACACUGAAUGGUAUGAUGCUGUUCCAAUCCAGUCUAGCGUGGUGUUAUGCUCCUGUUCAUCCCCAUCAAUGGUGAGGAACCAAGCAGAUUCCAGCGCUCCAUCUGUCAUUUCCACCUGUGGCAGCAGACAGGGAUCUAACAUGGAGGGCACUGCAGCUGAAUCGAGAUCCAGUUCAAAUUCCUUGCAGCAACAUACAGGACAGCAGCCUCCACAGCCUCGAAAGAAACGACCUGAUGACUUCAAAUUUGGGAAAAUUCUGGGUGAAGGAUCUUUUUCAACGGUUGUCUUGGCUCGAGAAUUGUCAAGUUCUAGGGAAUAUGCCAUUAAAAUUCUAGAGAAACGUCAUAUCAUAAAAGAAAACAAGGUGCCAUAUGUGACACGAGAGAGAGAUGUAAUGUCCCGCCUGGAUCACCCUUUUUUUGUGAAACUUUACUUCACCUUUCAGGACGAUGAAAAGCUGUAUUUUGGGCUUAGCUAUGCCAAAAAUGGAGAGCUGCUAAAGUAUAUACGCAAAAUUGGCUCAUUUGAUGAGACCUGCACCAGGUUCUAUACUGCUGAAAUUGUAUCAGCUCUGGAGUAUUUGCAUGGAAAAGGAAUAAUUCACAGAGACCUUAAGCCAGAGAACAUCUUGCUAAAUGAAGAUAUGCACAUUCAAAUAACAGACUUUGGAACAGCAAAAGUAUUAUCUGCAGAUAGCAGACAAGCACGGGCAAACUCGUUUGUAGGGACAGCACAGUAUGUUUCUCCAGAACUGCUGACAGAGAAAUCUGCCUGCAAAAGCUCUGACCUCUGGGCUCUGGGAUGUAUAAUAUAUCAGCUUGUAGCUGGAUUGCCUCCAUUUAGAGCUGGAAAUGAGUAUCUUAUAUUCCAGAAGAUAAUAAAGUUGGAAUAUGACUUUCCAGAAAAAUUCUUUCCCAAGGCAAAAGACCUUGUUGAAAAGCUAUUGGUUCUAGAUGCCACCAACAGGUUAGGUUGUGAAGAAAUGGGAGGAUAUGGACCUCUUAAGGCUCAUCCCUUCUUUGAAUCCAUUGUGUGGGAGAACCUACAUCUUCAGACACCCCCAAAACUUACAGCGUAUUUACCUGCUAUGUCAGAGGAUGAUGAAGACUGUUACGGAAAUUAUGACAAUCUCCUGAGUCAGUUUGGUUGCAUGCAAGUUUCUGGUUCUGCCUCUUCCCAUUCACUGUCUGUCCCAGAGACAAGUACACCACAGACGUCAGGAGGAAAUAUUGAACAGUACAUUCAUGAUCUUGACAACAAUUCCUUUGAGCUGGACUUACAGUUUUCUGAAGAUGAAAAGAGGUUACUUCUAGCAAAACAAGCUGGUGGAAAUCCUUGGCAUCAGUUUGUAGAAAAUAACUUAAUCCUAAAAAUGGGUCCAGUGGACAAAAGAAAGGGAUUGUUUGCACGUCGGCGCCAGUUGCUGCUCACAGAAGGGCCCCACUUGUAUUAUGUGGAUCCUGUCAACAAGGUUCUAAAAGGAGAAAUUCCAUGGUCUUUAGAGUUGCGGCCAGAAGCCAAGAAUUUUAAGACCUUUUUUGUUCACACGCCAAACAGGACAUACUACCUGAUGGACCCGAGUGGGAAUGCUCAUAAAUGGUGCAAAAAGAUACAUGAAGUUUGGCGGCACAGAUACCACCAGAAUGCUGCUAAAUAGUAAAGCUUAUCCAAAACUUCCCAGUUUCCCUACUUGCUGCUAGAACUCCAUGUGCAGCCGAUCAGAGGAAUCUUUUCAACCCACCUAUUACCAUCUCAAGGGGAAGCAUAUGUCUGAAAUGUUCUGCUUUCGGGUUUUGUUUUGGUUGGUUGUUGGUUUUGGGUUUGGUUUGUGGGUUUGUUUUUUGAGUUGGUUUGUUGGGUUUUUUUUGUGGGCUUUUUUUGUUUUGAUUUUUUUGGGGUGUUUUUUUUUUUUCUCCCUGGGUGGUUGUUUAUUUUUUGGAUUUUUUUUUUUCUUUAAUUGGGGUUGUUUUUUUGUUGGUUUGUUUGUUUUUGUUUGGGUGUUUUUUUUUUUUUUUUUGGUUUUUUUUUUGUUUGUUUGUUUGUUUUUGGCCUUUUUUUUUUCUUUAAGGAAAAAAAAGCAAAAACCUAAUGGAAUUCAGGGUCACUUUGCUUGCUCAUUGUGCUUCUGUUGAGGCUUCCACAUGCAUAUCAUUGCAGUGAAGAUCUUGCUUUUGUGCACUUCAGCUCAAUUUCUGCUGCAGACUAGUGGAUAGACCUUGCAUUCCAGCUUCACUUAAGAUGAGUUAAAACCAAUCCACACGCACACACGCCGAAUCAUGUACCAGCCUUGCAUUUUAUGGGGCUGGAGUUGUCUGUGACUUUCAGAUUAUCAUUAAACUGUAUUUCAUCAGGGAGCUUUUAUAUGCCUCUCCUAAGCACCACCUCUUUGUUUUCUCUUCCUUUCCUCACAGUCCCCCAGCUUAUUGGUAUAUGGCAUUUGUAGCCAGGUCAGUUGCACCCUUGUGUAAUUCCCAAUAUAGUUCUGGUUGCAGGAUUUAUGUGGUACUUCAGUAAUUAUGUGAAUGAAUCAGAUGUAUGUGUCUGGCAGACAGGCUCCAAUGAUGCAGGUUUUAAGAGAGUAAAAUGCUGAACAUGGCACUGGAAGUUUUCUAAAAUUAAAAUGUUGGUGUCUGAAGCAUAGAAGAUUUUAAAGAUUCAAUUGAAAUUUUAAUAUGAAUCAUGUGUUUGAUCAAGGGACAAUAAACUUACCAGCAUGCUUUUAACUAAUGCUAACUAAAAAAUUAACUAGUUAGUAUUGGGGGGGAGGGUUGCUAUUCAAGUAGUAAAUAGUUUUUCACCUUUUCAGGAGGUAAGGGCUAGAUGCUUGCUUUCCACGAUGUGCAUGUACUGCGCAUUUUAGUGGGGCCACCCUAUUUACCUGGGUAGAGAAGGAUGUGUGAAAGCAUUGUACAAUUGAUUACUUGACUUUUUUUGUCUCAUUGUGUAAUGACAUGUACAAAUAAUACUAUUUUUGGUCCUUGGCCAAAUAUUUAGCAACUCUGAAAAAAAAGUAAGCAAUUGAAAUAUUAGAUCCGUAUAGUAAUCUGGUUAAAAAUUCAAUGGAAAAUAUUGAUGCAAAGGGGAAAAUAUAUGGUACUUAAGGCAUAUCUAUAAAGUGAAAUUAUUUUGCAUAUCAAUCCGCUUUAUCCUCUUCAAAUUAAGGUUUUUUUGUGGUCAAACAUUUCUUGUAAUGUUGCAAAGACAUAACUUUCUAUGUGCUGAAAACAACUUCCCUAAUGGCAUUUUCAACAUGCCUGUGUUCCUGAACCUUGCAGAGAGGAAUGACCUAGGUCUGGACAAAGGCAUUCCUUCCUUGUUUUAAAAGCAGUAUAAACAUCACACCUAUUUAUUCCUCUUCUACGCAUACUAACUCUUUGCAUUUUGAGGUCUCUUACUAUGACGUUUUCCCUUCCGCCAAAGAAAAAAUGUUCCAUUGCAAUGUUGGAAAAACUCAUGGGCUACUGUUCUAGAAGCAGUAUUUUAAAAGCAGUGGUUUAUCAGGAUUUCUCAGAGAACACAUGAACGUUGGGUAUUUUCUUGUUACACGGGGUGAAGGAGGUUUAUUAUUUCUCUCUUAAACUGUUAUGUGUUUGAACUUAACAGUUCAGCUUUUUCAGUAUCUUUCAUUCUUUAAAGGAGCAAGUGCAUUUGCUUUUUCUUUUGGAGGAAAUGCAUUCUUGUAGUCUUCUGUUACCCCCCUAUGUAUGCAGACUUGACAAAAGUAAAUCACUGGCCUACAGUGCAUGGUGUUAAGGGAGCUGAGGUGUCCUGUAAAUGGCUGAGAUGAGCAAGAUCUCGGUUCCAUCUGCAUCAUCAGAAAUUUCAUCAUAUUCAAGGUACACUCCUUGUUGCUAAAAUUCGGACAGCACAGCACUCCUUCUGUCCGUGCCUGUGUUAAUCCUAUAUAGACCAUUCUAACCAAGAUGACAUGCGCUGUAAGUUUGUUGCAUUUGCUCCCUGGCUGUCAGGGUUCAUUUUUAUGUUGGGUCCACUGGAGGCCACCCUACUGCUCUUGGUUUAGUCUUUGGUAUAGAGAUGUAAACGUAUUCUCAACUUUAUACAGGAGAAUGUGGCAGUGCUGGAGAUUUGUGGUGCCACUGCUGUUUUGCUGUGACCAAACUUGGCCUCAUAAAAAGUCUGGCAAAGUUGUUCUGUUAAUAGUGAACACUGUGGCUUUGGUAAGAGAUGGAGUGAUCUCCAUUGGCUUGUUCACUAGGUGGAAAUCUAGGAAUGCUGAAACAUCUUUUCUGUAAUAUUUAGACUUGUAGUCGUUUUACCAUAAAGUAGUUACUCUGCUUUUUCACAUCUUGAAAAUCCUCUCUCAGUAGACUUCCGUCCUGCCCACCGAAAGCUUUCAGCCAAAGAAAUCUUGAUAGCAAUAAGCUACCGAGAAGGUGUCUGGAAGGCUAAUGUCUGCAUUCUAGUAUUCCUUUUUUCUUUUGCCAAUGCUGUCAUUAGGAAACUGUGAGCAUCUCUUACAGGCAUCCCUCCCCCUUAGGACUUCAGUGUUCCAAAUCAAGUCUUCCUUAGCUGCUGCUUUUUUGGAAGGUACUAGAACUUUUCUGGGAGAGGUAUUUGUCUGUCUUGGACUGUAAGUGAAAUCUGGUUUUGAAAGAUGGCAGAAGAAUAGUGAAGCAAGACAAAGAAAUCAUGUGGAUUUAAGUAUAUUUCACCACUUUGUCCACUUAAAAGUGUGUUGGCAGGUGCUGCGUACUAUGAAGGGCUGGUUCCUGUUUUAAGUGCUCGUACCUGAAGUGGGGUAGCUUCAGAUCUUUGUCCUGAGGAUCACUCCUGUGGUUCAUGGGAGUUCAUGGAAUGAAAUGUACAAGGAAGGUUCUUCAAGCUGCACAUGAGCCAGUUAAUUUCUCUAUUCUUUAUCUGAGAUCUUUCAAAGCACAAAAAGGGUUGUUGGGCACUUAAAGACCCUUCUUGGACUCCUUAACCUCCUGAAAACCCAGUCUGUUGGUUGAUUCCAUCUUUUACAUUUUGAGCAUUUGCCCAUCAUUUAUAAAGAAUGUGGUCAGUAAUAUUGCAAUUUUAUUUUGCUUGGGAUUUGAACUUCAGGAAGAUGUUUAUUGCAUCUGUUUUCUGUGGGGUGGAGCUAAAGAAAGGAAGAAGUACUACUGCUAGGAAGGCUUUUUGAAUCACACUGUUAAACUCUGUCCAGCCCAGUCACAGGAAGUUUAAAACUACUUUGAUAAACUGGAAAGAUGAGUUUAUUACCACUGGCCUGAAAGUCCAGUUUUGAGAAGGGUUUGUAUUGAGGAAGGCUUGCUUCAGAUGUGAUGUUGAGGCAUCAUGAGCAGGCUGAUAUUGCCUAUUAAGAUCUUGUUUUCUAAGCACUGGGAUGAUGAAGGCAUCAGAUUAUCGGAUAGUACCAUGCUCCACUUUUCACUUUCUGGCAUGAUUUAGUUGUGAGCUAUCUGCUAUAUAUAAGCCUACAAAAAGACUUUGUAGGUUGAAACAAAGAUAUGAUAACUAAUCCAUUUUCGUAGUUCAAGAUGCUUAAUUUAAUGUGCUUGAUAUCACUACAUAUUGUGAUGGGAACUUUGAAGAAUCCUGAGGAUUUCCCACAUGUGCAUUUAAUAGCUUCUUUUGAAUGAUUUAAGAAAGUCAACACAAUUACUUCAUUUUCACUUUCUCCUAGUGAAUUACAUGAAUAGGUGUGGUAUUUAUAUCUGAAAUUUUACUGAAUGACUGUAAUAUUUUAUGCAAAUACUAGUCAAACGGAAGUGAUCCUGCAAAGCUUCAUGACACAGAUUGUCCAUCAGCUGAUCAGGUGAGCUUACAGACAGGUAAUUCUCUGAUCCAAAAUAGCACGCUUUCCAGUGAGCCUGGUAAUUUAACAAUGUUUCCUCUUUCUUAAAAGAAAUACAACUUCUAUACAGCAAACAAUUGGAGAGGUUCUUAAGCACUUGUUGACCUGGUCUGUCUGUCAGCAUGGCAGUGAAUGUAGAUGGUUGCUGUUUGGCAAAGCUUCCUAUGACCAUAUACUAACAUUGAUUGGAUGUGGCAAAUUUCUAAAUUGUGGCAGAACUUACAAUUAUUGUAUCUGACAAAAGAGGAAAAAAAUAGGAACCAGGAACCAUAAUCAGUUUUGAUAGUUGUAUGCUAGCUGUUUUCGGGUUGGUGGCAGUCAGUUACGUGUGUGAUAUUCUCUACCUGGUUUGUAGCUGUAACUGUGAUGUACAGAUAAAAGAAACAAAAAUGGGGAGGGGGAGGAAAGCCAAAAAACCCACUAAAAAAAAAGAAAAAGGGAAAAAGAAAAAAAAAUCCAUAAAAAAACCAAACCCCAAACACCCCUCUCACCCCCCCUCACCAGACACCACAAAACAAUCUCCCCUCCUCCAAGAACUCGUGAAAACAGAAGCAAAUAAUGCAAUGAUAUAAGAUACACACUUUUGUAUUUUUAUUCUUAUAAGGUUAUUUGCUGGCUCUUGUUGGCCUCUAGUUCAGUCUGUGUUAUUUAAAAUCUAAUAUAUGAAUUAUUUGGAUUGAAUUCAUGUUCGGGGCCAUGGUGUUGUAUGUAUUGAUGUACAGCCUUGAAUGUGAAUAAUUAUUGUAAACUAUAUUUUACACCUUUUUCUGGCUUUAUUAUAUAAAUUUUCUAUUGGUCGAUGAUUUAAUCAUAUCUCAUAAUUUAAUGACUGUUUAUUCUCCUCUCGACAGAUCUCUGUGCUGUAGAUGUGUAGUUAGUGACUGGAUGAUGGAUUUCACUUACGCUUGGUAGUCUGUAAUAAAGGCAUGUAGGGUCCUGG